AUGACCAUACAGGGAGAGGACAUCCCAUCCCAGUCCAACAAUCCAGUCAAGUGCUUGGGAAAGUGGUUCGACGCCUCACUAUCAGACAAGAGCAGUCAAGCCCGUCUUCAACAACAGGCGGAGGAGGGGUUGAGAAGAAUAGACAAGUGCGAUCUUCCGGGGAAAUUCAAGGCUUGGGUGUACCAACACAAUCUACUACCCAGACUCGUUUGGCCAAUGAUGGUUAACGAUAUUCCAACCAGUACAGUAGAGAAGCUGGAGCGGACUGUCAGCAAGCACCUAAGAAGAUGGUUAGGCCUGCCUCCAUCCUUCACCAACAUAGGUCUCUACAGCAAGACAGCAAAGCUACAGAUGCCCAUCAACUCUAUUGUAGAGGAAUUCAAAGUUGCUAAGACCAGACUUCUGCUAACGCUGAGAGAUUCCAAAGAUGAGAAGAUCAGCGGCGCUUGCAUCGAGGUUAGGACUGGGCGAAAGUGGUCAGUGAGUCGUGCGGUGGAGCUUGCAGAGAGCGGUCUCAAGCACAAAGACAUUGUGGGUAUGACAAACAUAGGAAAAGAAGGACUAGGCACCAGGAAGCACCAAAGAUGGGAGACUUCAACACAGCAGGAAAGAAGAUCCCUAGUACAGACCGAGAUCAGGGAAGAAGCAGAGCAGGAAAGAAUGUCAAGGGCAGUCCAGCUAGGACCACAGGGAAACUGGACAAGAUGGCAGGUUCCAGAAAGGAAAUUAUCCUGGCAAGAGAUCUGGCAGUACGAGCCACUCAGACUGAGUUUCUUGCUUCGUUCUAUCUACGACAUGCUCCCAUCUCCUACCAACCUGUACCAGUGGAAGCUGAUUGACGACCCGGCAUGUCCAUUGUGUGGUUCACCAGGAUCACUCAAACAUGUACUCUCAUCAUGCCCCCCCCCCCUAUCUCAGGGGCGCUACAGAUGGCGUCAUGACCAGGUCCUGUCUGAGGUAGCCCACGUCCUUGAGACCGAAAGGAAGAAAGAGAGACCGAGGCCAAACCAGAACCACUACACCGGGUUCCUGAAGGAGGGAGAACAAGUACCCAAGUCAGCCCCAGCAUCGACCGGAAUCCUGAAUGAAUCCAGGUCAUGGGAAAUGAAGGCUGACCUAAAGGAACAACUACAGUUCCCCCAGGAGAUCGCCCAGACUACCCUCCGGCCAGACAUUGUGACAUGGUCCAGGAAUCCUAAACGAGUGGUGCUGGUUGAGCUGACAGUCCCAUGGGAGGAACGCAUUGAAGAAUCCCACGAGCUCAAGAGGUCCAAGUACGAAGACUUGGCCCAAUCCUGCAAGUCCAACGGCUGGAACACUCUGGUCUUCCCGAUUGAGGUCGGAUGUCGUGGCUUCUCAUUACAAUCAGUGUGGAGGAUGCUCGGAGCAUUGGGCAUCAAAGGAGCGGCACGAAAGCGCACAGUCAAUGCUCUGGGGAGAACAGCCGAAAGAGCGUCCAGUUGGCUAUGGAUGCUCCAUAGCAAACAUGAAUGGCAACCAAGGUAG